AUGAGCUCAACAACCUCUUCGGCCCCCUUCUCCAAGGCCGUCGUUGGCGCAAUGCGUAAACUCUACCCAGAGGCCCUCGCCGACAAGAGUUGGGACAACACUGGUCUCCUUCUCGAAUCGCCCUUCGAUCCCAUCCGCCGUCAGAUGAACUCCGCCCUCCUAACAAUCGACCUCACCAAAGCCGUCGCCGAUGAAGCUAUUGAGCGCGGAGACUCCAUCAUCGUAGCCUACCAUCCCAUCAUCUUCAGAGGUCUCAAGAGCUUGUCCCUAGCCGAUACCCAACAACAAACACUAUUACGAUUGGCUGCAGAAGGCAUCAGCGUAUACAGCCCCCACACAGCAAUCGACUGCGCGCCCGGCGGUCUAGGCGACUGGCUCGCCGACAUUGUCUCAGGCACCCCCAUGAGCGCCGAAGAACUAGCCGCCCAAGCAGAAGAGAAGGCAAAAGAGAACGACCCGACGAAAGAGCCAGAGACACCCUCCAACGAACUCAAACGCCCGACCUUCCAACUCCAACACCAUCCCAGCCAGCUCAGCAUCAAAGACCGCACCCUCAAACUCGGCAACGACACUCAUACCCGUCGCCCGAUCAAGCCCUCCUCGGUACCUGGAUACCAGAAUACAACUGCAGGAAUGGGCCGUAUCGUUCGUUUCUCCACCCCUCAGCCCCUCCUCGACAUCAUCGACCGUAUCGGCCGCGGCCUCGGCAACCCCAAGGGCUUUCCCAUCGCCAUCCCUCAAGGCAAGCAAAUGGACGAAAUCGACAUUUCCAGCGUCGCCAUCUGCGCAGGCAGUGGAGGAAGUCUUUUCGGCGGACUGGGCAAGAACGGCGAGGAAGACGUGGAUUUGCUGUUUACCGGUGAAUUGAGCCAUCACGAGGCAUUGGCUGCAAUCGAGCAAGGUAAAUGCGUCAUUGCAUUGUUCCACUCAAACACAGAACGAGGAUUCUUGCAUGGUGUUUUGAAGCCGCAGUUGGAGCAGAGUGUCAAGGACGAGUGGGAACGCGUGAGGAAGGAGGAGAAGAACAGGGCUUCUUCGGCAGCGCUGAGUGAGGAUUAUCUCGAGGCACUCGAGGACGAUCAUAUUGAGAUUCAUGUCAGCGAAGUAGACAGGGACCCCUACGGUAUCAUGAUCUCCAAGGAUGAGAUCUAG